ACCUUAAUUAUUUCCUUUUCAACGAGCCAAUUUUCCUCAUCUUCUCUUACCUACAAGACAUGGCAACUCAACCCCUCUCUCUAUCAACAACAAUUAUUUCACAACUACAAAUGACUCAUGUUGAGGAGAAGAUCAUCAUAGAACAAGUUAAGGAUACACAUAAUCCUAAUGGUGGCAUAGAUGUUGAUGCUAAUUGUCUUUUCAAGUUUGUGAAGGACAUUUUUAAUUUCAAUACGGUUCCUCGAGAAGCAAAGCAAGGCAGGUUACAGUUACAAGAACAAAUCCAGAAGGAGAUUUCAUUUGUUGUUUUACAACUCUCUUUCGUGAUAGCCUUCACUUGCGUAAGCUAUGAUGAUAGUCACUCAACUGCUAUUUAUCUACUAAGUUUGUUGUCAAAGUAUAUGUGGCAUGCUAAGGGAGUAAUGUUACUAGCAUGUUUUGCAAUCAUCCAAGGGAAAUCUAAAGUUGCCUCACAAUCAUGUCAUCGGAAAGGACUAUCCUACAACUUGGCUACUCUAAGAAAUAGUCAGAGGUCAAUGCUAUCUCCUGACAAUGAAAUUCUUUUUAAUGAGUCAAUAAGAUCCAUGUUUGAUCUCAUCACGCUUAUGGUUGAGCUUCGACAUUCAUCAUCAAUGUUUUUGGCGAACUAUUGGAUUGCAAGAAAUAUUGUUGCUUAUGCUCACCUCCUUAUUUUGGGCCUCAAGCCAGAAAAUGAGAUAAUGACGGAAGUGUCCAAUGUAUCCACCAAAAUCAAAGAGAUUCUGGCUUCCAGCCUCCCACUACUAGAGGCAAAAAGGGCAGAAGAAAAUUACCAGAUGUUGUUACAUGCGUUUGAUAAUUCUUCAAAUAUCCGGGACGUUGUUAAAUUGAUACUCAAUUUCGAAAAUGAUAAAGAGGAGUUUGAAGGGGAGGGAAUGCUAUUGCUAAUAUCAUCUGGCAAACACUACCCCUUUUAUGCAUUUGCUGCGGCUUCCACAGAAGUAGUAUCUAUAAUCUGGGUUCCAAUUAUAAAUGAUCUAGAUGAGCAUAUACAAGUGCAUAAUGAUAUCUACCAAGGUAAUCUUGUAUUGAAUCCAGCAUUUUUAAGAUUUUUGAAAGACAAGUGCUUCCCAACUUUUCAAGUUGGUGGUGACCCUAUUGUCAUUUCACUGGACAACCGAGGAAGAUUGGUUCAUUAUAAUGCAUUGCACAUGUUAUUCACAUGGGGAUAUCGACUUUUUGAAAGGCCAACAACGGGAUUAGGUGGUAUAAUCCCUUCAUUAGAAAAUGAGUUGAGGGAAAUAACUUCUGGUGCUGACCGUGUGAUUGAUGACAUUAACAAACAAAUACAUAAUUUUGCGAGAGAGGUCCGCGUAAAGAUCAAUGAUUGGAUAGAAGACAUCGAGAUGAAGAUGAAAAGUUCGUUUCGUGCAUACAAUUUUACGCGUGAGAUGGAACAAGAACUUUGGAUUAAAGAAUCUUGGAAUCUUAAUCUGGUAGUAGGAUGGUCCCGCUCCUGGCCCUUCGAAUGGAUGCUAAACAAUUGGAUUGAUGAUGAUGAAAAGUACUUUUUUUUAUGUGGAGGCAAUAACAUUAAUCAAGUUCUAGAAUUUAUAGUUAAGGUACAAGAAGUUGAUUCCAGAUUCCAAAUGGAUAUGAAAAUUGCAUAUCUCGGAAGAAGAGGAAAAAUGAUUGAAGAAGUGAGCAAAGAGGUGAGCAGAGCAUGUGACUAUGUACUUGACCAUACUAAUUAUUAUAAGCGCUUUUGGACACGACUUUAUAGUAUGGCCUCAUCUAGGAUCCAAUAUUUAAAUAAGGUUGGACUUGAUGAAGGGAGUGAUGAAAUUCUGCAAGGACUCAGAAAAUUAUUAUCUUAUGAAGAUAAAUGCACAACAAUUGGAUCAUGGGCUUUGUUGGGCAAAGGGAAAAGAAUAAUUGCAUGUGAUAUGAGUGACAAAAUGAUAGGAGUCUUGAAUGAGUAUGAGAAAUGGAAGAACAAUGCACAUGCCAAUGAUUUUGAACAAGCAUUCAUGGAUUGCUAUGAGAUGCUUAAUAGUUCUUCUUCUUUCCAUCAACACCCUUAUUGUACUCUCAAUUACUCAUCUAAUUUGGAUAAAAUUUCAGAGGCUGAGUCCUGCCCUCAAUGUAACCAAAACAUGCAUAAAUUUGUCACUUUCUCCUGUUGUCAUGGCCCGACCAACUAUUUAUAUUAUGAAGAGGAGGAUGACGACUUGCUGUAUAAAGAAGACUAGAGUUUAUGUUCCAAUUUGCACUGGCUGUUAGAGUU